AUGUCGCACCGAUAUGAAGAUGCAGUCCUAAAAGGAAUGGCCUUGCUGCUGCUGAACUUGCCACCGGUGCUCCGCAGCGCCGCCCAGCCGCUGCAGAAGCUGUUCGAUACGCAUUAUCCCGAUAACGGCAUAACGCGCAUCCUGCUGAACACCCCACCGAUCCGCAGCACAUCUGGUGAAGAUGUCAUGGAGUGCGGUGCAGUGUUCUUUUCGUCCUCAAACGCGCUGUGGGCUGUUCUGGACCGAGUGCGAGUGCUACUUCGCACCGAAGACGGCGCGCUGGAGCUGAGGCGCGGCUACUUGACUCUGGGUGUACAUGAGUUGCUCGUGGAAGGAGUCGUGACGUGGGGCGCGGAAGGGCGACAGCGCACCGCUUCUGCUCCAAGGACUGUCACCCCAGUUCUCGCACCAACCGUGGCGCCGCAUGCGGAAGCUGCGCAAAACUCUGCUGUGUCGCAGAGCGCGCCGACAGUGGCGCCGACGCCAGUCUCCGUCCCCGUAGCCACUUUAGUGACAGCAUCGGGUUCCAUGCCUUCUUCGCGAAAGACAGAGGCGCGCAGUGGUGUAGAAAGUUGCGAUGAUGCUUGCCAGACGGUGGUGGUUACUUUUCUACUCAAAGAAAUAUAUAAUCGCCAUCGCGACAACGGAGAGGGCGGCCCGUAUGUAGGACAAGGUGGUGUUCCAAGCAGCUUCCCUCCGUCACCGUUCAUGGUAUACCAAAUGCUGGCGGGGGAAUGCCAACCCCGAAAAAUCAUAUUAGUGGAGUGCCGGCGCGCUGCAGCGAAGCGGGAGUGGCGGGCACUGGUCGAACUGGAGAACGCAGAGGUGGCGGCGCAAGUGAUUCGCGUCUUCACACGCCGCGCUGUGGAGUUUGUGAGUGAGUCUAACGCCUACAGGGCCCCAAAGCGCAGUCGCAAACUGCCAGAGGAAGGGCCGCUGCCAAUCUGCGCUGAGGUGCGCUACUAUGUAAACUGUAACUACAGCGUACGCAAUGGCCAGACACGUUAUCUUCCAAAUGGGGAUCGCAACUAUCAUCGCACUGUGGCGGUGCGUCCCUUCUGCAGCACCGAGCUGGACCUUACCGAUCCGCAGAAUCUGGCAAGGCUGCAGGUGAAAGCCCCGCGCAACUGGAAAGCCGAUCCUCACGCAAUACGGCCUGCGUCUAUCUGCGAUCGCGAUUCACCGAAUAGAGCCGUGGUGCUCGAGGAAGAAGUGCGGCCAAACGAAGGGGAGUCGACUGCGGCCCAGCACAAGCGUCGUCGCUCACCAUCCCCGCGCGUCAGCCAGUGGCGUUCAAAACGGUCACCGUCGUACUCACGCAGUCGCUCCACCUCCCCCUCCUCGUUCCGCUCGUACUCCCGUGCCUCUUCGUCGUCGUUACGUCGUCACCAUCGUCACCACCGUCACCAUGAACGCCGUUGCGAGCGCCGCCACCGUGAUGAACACCGGCACGAUGCGCGUGCGGCGGCGCUAAGGGAGCAUAACAAUCCUGAAGCUGCCGCCCCUGUUGUGGCGACGACCCCCGAGACCGUCACCUGUGCCGAAGCCCAGUCAAUUGCUGCGAGGAGAUAUGCACGCCCAGUAGAGGUGUGCAUGUCUGCGUCAGAAACGCCGGCACCUGUGGCGGUGACAUACGACAGCCACGGCGCUCUGCCGGUGGGGUGGCGCCCCAUCUUCUCUCAGGAGUACCAGCAGACCUACUAUGCUUACCGUGACCCGAAUACCGGCGUGGAGACGACCACGUGGGAGCGACCUGCUGCGUAG